AAAGGAUAGUGUACGUUCUCUGAAAUUAUUAACUCUGACAGACGUCAGCCGGCUUCUAUUUGACAACCACAUUUUUUCCACGGGGAGGGGGUUGGUUGGUUCUGGUGCGCGUCACCGUCCCCACCGCUCGCGUUCCCGACGCAAUCGCUCAAACCUGCUCGAGGAGAAGCGGACUCGUUUUUAUUGUUACGGUCACUAAGGAGGGGAAGCCCAGAGUCCCACACGUGAAGCGAGCUAUCAUUGUCGAAACUGGGAGUCCUACUUUGGAAAGUCCUCAGCAUUGCCAUCGCUAUAGUGCCUGCAUUCACGUAUCAAACCUGGGACUAGCUGUACCUGCAAGAACAUAGCUGGAUCUGUAUUUCUAUCAGACCAUCUGACGAUAUCCUCAGGAGUCUGAGUAAUGACAAGCCUUUUGCGUCCUUCUGAAUUUCCAGUAUAAUAUGCAGUGCCUGAACACAAACUCUCCGAACCGACCCAGCUCCCUAUACACAAGCUCCAUUUCCCCCUAGCCACUAGCCUUUCAAGCAGCCUCAAAGGCUGCCUCUGCCUGGAGGAGCAAGGGGGGCAAACUCCCUGAGGUGUGACCCAUGACUAUGGACCUGCUGUGGGUGCUGUGGUCCCUUGUGACGGCCAGCAUGGCUAUCCACAUGGAGGCCGGAGGGAGCCACAGUAUGUUCACCUGCGAGCCCAUCACCUUACGUAUGUGCCAUGACCUACCUUAUAACUCCACCUUCAUGCCCAAUCUGCUCAAUCACUAUGACCAGCAGACUGCAGCCCUCGCCAUGGAGCCCUUCCACCCCAUGGUGAACCUGGAGUGCUCCCCCGACCUCCGAACUUUCCUCUGCGCCCUGUACACGCCCGUCUGCACGGAGUACGGGCGCAUGACGCUGCCGUGCCGACGCCUGUGCCAGCGCGCCCGGGCAGAGUGCCACCAGCUCAUGGAGAUCUUUGGCCUCAGCUGGCCCGAGGAGAUGGAAUGUGAGAGGUUCCCAGAAUGUGAGGAUCCGUACCCGCGGCCUGCGGACCUCCUGCCCAGCUCCUCCGUGACGGCCGAGCCUCCGGCACCGGUGCAGCGGGACUACGGCUUCUGGUGCCCCCGCGAGCUGAAGGUGGACCCCGGCCUGGGCUACACUUUCCUGGGCGCACGCGACUGCUCCGCCCCCUGUCCCAGCAUGCACUUUCAUCGCGACGAGCUCCGGUUCGCCCGCUACUUCGUGGGCGUGGUCUCCAUCGUGUGCCUGUCGGCCACGCUCUUCACCUUCCUCACCUUCCUCAUCGACAUGGCGCGCUUCCGCUACCCGGAGCGGCCCAUCGUCUUCUACGCCGUCUGCUACAUGAUGGUGGCGCUCGUCUACUUCCUGGGCUUCCUGCUGGAGGACCGCGUGGCCUGCAACCCGGCCAGCCCCGGAAGGUUCCGCGCCGCCACGGUCACGCAGGGCUCGCACAACAAGGCCUGCACGCUGCUCUUCAUGACGCUCUACUUCUUCACCAUGGCCGGCGGCGCCUGGUGGGUGGUGCUCACGCUCACCUGGUUCCUGGCGGCCGUGCCCAAGUGGGGCAGCGAGGCCAUCGAGAAGAAGGCGUUGAUCUUCCACGCCGCCGCCUGGGGCCUGCCGGGGAUCCUCACCGUCACCCUCCUGGCCCUCAACAAGGUGGAGGGCGACGGCCUGAGCGGCGUGUGCUUCCUGGGGAUGCACGACCGGCCGGCGCUGCGCUGGUUCCUGCUGGCGCCGCUGUGCUUCGACGUGGUGCUGGGCGUGGCGCUGCUGCUGGCGGGCAUCGCCGCGCUCAACCGCGUGCGCAUGGAGAUCCCGCUGGAGAAGGAGAACCAGGACAAGCUGGUGAAGUUCAUGAUCCGCAUCGGCGUCUUCUCCGCGCUCUACCUGGUGCCGCUGCUCACCGUCAUCGGCUGCUACAUGUACGAGCACAGCUACCGGCCGCUGUGGGAGACCAGCUGGGUGCAAGAGAAGUGCCGGCACUACCACAUUCCCUGCCCUUACCAGGUGAAGCAGACCAGUCACCCGGACCUCGCCCUGUUUCUCAUCAAGUACCUGAUGACGCUGGUGGUUGGCAUCCCCUCCGUCUUCUGGGUGGGCAGCAAGAAGACCUGCUUCGAGUGGGCCAGCUUCUUCCACGGCCACCGCCGGAAAGAUAGCAUGGUGAAGGAGAGCCAGCAGGCCCUGCAGGAGCCGGACCUGUCUCAGCUGCUGCUGCGCGAGCCCGGGCCACCCGUGGCGAGGAAGUCCCGGGGCACCUCCACGCAGGGCACCUCCACCCACGCCUCCUCCACCCACCUGGCCAUGCUGGACGAGCCAGCCAGCGCCAGCACCAGCCGGGCGGGGAGCGUCCGCAGCAAGGCCAGCAGCCACCAUGGCAGCCAGCGACGGUCCAGAGAUGGCAGGUGCACAGCCACCAGUUUCCGUCCCGCUGAGGAGCGACUCCCGUACGGCAGCAUGCCCCGUCUCGUCGACCAACCGCGCCAAUGCAGCGCCACCCGCCUGGAGAGCCAAUCGAGGCACGGCAGCACGCAGCGGCUGGACGGCCAGUCGCGACACGGCAGCACGCGGGACCUUUGCAUCACAGCGCAGGCCGUGCAGAGCACCCCCGGCAACGGCAUCCACCGCGUCGUCGAGGAGGACGGGGCCACAGCCUGAGCAGGGGAGGGCCGGUCCCUUCGAGCGGGAGAAAAAAUGAGCCAAGGACAGAAUAUAAAACACGGACAUUUGGAAGUUGGGGCUCGUACUCCUCAGCCCACCUUUUCUCCAAAGUACCUCUUUCCCUGUGACAAGACUCGGAAAAGAGGUUGGGAUGUAGGCUUUCAAAAACCCCCAAAGUGACUGAGAAAGACACGGUGGGAUUUUUUUAGUCAGUGCUAAGUAGAGAUACGGGAAGGUACUUAAUAUGGUUAGAGGACGGAAUGUGAGUCAACGCCCAUCCAGACACGAGAGAUGAUGGGAAGGGGCAGGCUGUCUCUUCAGUGCUUCAGCUUUCUCUAGUCCGACUACAGCUCAGGGGUUUAGGUUUAGUGGUAAUGUGCGGGGCAUGAGGUACUGAGCUUUUUUGGAAGCUACACCGAUUCCACACAUACAAAGCACUGAGGGGGAAAUGCAGGCAGGCCAUCCCGCAGUGGUUAACAGGAACACAUGCUGGUGCAGAGACCAUUAUUUGGACCCAAAGUUUGACCUCUACUCUUCUCCUGCCCUCCAGCUGUCUAUACGCAAGGUUCUGACGCUCAUGCUGGAGUCGGUGGGCUUGUGGCGGAUCGGAUGUGUUCGUUUUCAUUGCACUUCUCUUCGGACUGAAAUGGUUCAUGUGUGCUUGUGGCAAGUCUCCUUGCAAAACAAUGGGGCUUGUGUUGUGCUGAAUGGUUUGUCUUAAUUGGAUUUUUUGUAAAUUAGCAUUUCAAGGGUCAAAAACUGCUGUGUUUCAAAGUUGCAACUAGAGCGGAAUUCCAAACAACCCUUCAUUUAUGGAACUGUAGCAUAGGUAGUGUUCAGUUCUUUUUCAUGGCAAGGUCCUCGAACUAAGACACCUUUCAUUUGAGUACUCCUAUUGCCCUUCCUCGUAGUAUUAAGUACUUUUUCAGUGUAGGAGAUGAAGUUUAGCACUGUUUUCGAAUAGUUACAUUGAAUGUGUAUAGAUGUAAAUGUUCUGCUUUUGUUUUCUGGGCAAAUGUGAAAUUUGUAAUAAACCUCCAUUUUGUAAGUGUGACAAGGAGGAUGUCCUUCCUGCUGUAUUAGAUGAAGGCACAUAAAACACAGUAAAAAUCAUCAAGAACAAAAACUGGAGCCACGUCUUUAAUAGCCCUCCGUUUUUAUUGAAUUACAUCGGAGUCAGGUUAAUAUAAUAAUUUCUCCACAAACAUGUGGUGGCCAGUUUCAUACAUUAUUCAGUUGACCUCCUAUCUUAAAUAUCUCUGUGCAAAUAAAAUAAAGAAAAGAAAAACAAAAAUUCUACCUGUGGUGGACAACCCUCAUAAAACCUUGCCCAAAGCUCAUCAUGUGAGUGACUUUAACCUUGUGUAACAGUAUAACAAAACAGAACCCCCAAGAAAUGAUUACACCUAUGACAUGCAAAAAAUAAAACUGUACAAAUUAUUACAAGGUAAUUCUUAAAAAAAAAAAAAAAAAGUGAGUGAG